CGGCCAUCAUUUUAGACUUAGUAAUGGAACAUUCAAGGGAAGCACAGUGCCGAGUGUCCAGUAAAACUUGUUGAGCUCUCCCAACUCCCGCCUGCACCGAUGCAAUCAGCGUCACAAGCCGCUGAAGCUUUGACUUUCCGGCGCUCGUCGCUCAACUGUGACUCGAGACCCCGCCCCCACUUCAACAGCACUGCAGACCCCGCCAGCCCUUCCAAGUUAAGUUCCUACCCCCAAACCGAAACCAAACCGGCCGAGCUUGUGGCUUCUCAGUCUUAAAAAGCAGCCGAUCCGGCCGUUUCCCUCGAGCUAUCUUUUUGCUGAGCUGCUCUGUUUUCCCUCUUUUCCCUCUCCUCAUAUCCUCUUUCUGGGCCAGUAUCUCUUGAUUUUUUGCUUGCAGCCGACCCUGCCCACCAUGGCCGGCACUCCGUCUCCUCACCCUCAGCAGGCGCUGACCUUCAACGAUGUCUUCGAGGACGACGACAUCGAUGAGCCCAAGGAGGCGCAGACCAUCCACCACAUCCGCGCAAACUCCAGCAUCAUGCAACUGAAGAAGAUUCUCGUUGCCAACCGUGGUGAAAUCCCCAUCAGAAUUUUCAGAACAGCCCACGAGCUGUCAUUACACACAAUCGCUGUCUUCAGUUAUGAGGACCGACUCUCCAUGCACCGUCAGAAGGCCGAUGAAGCCUACGUCAUUGGCAAGCGAGGCCAGUACACCCCUGUCGGAGCUUAUCUCGCCGGCGACGAGAUCAUCAAGAUUGCCGUUGAGCACGGCGCUCAGCUGGUUCAUCCUGGAUACGGUUUCCUGUCCGAGAACGCUACAUUUGCCCGCAACGUCGAAAAGGCCGGUCUUAUUUUUGUUGGCCCUACUCCCGAUGUCAUUGAUGCUCUUGGCGACAAGGUCUCUGCCCGCAAGCUUGCCAUCGCUGCUGGUGUCCCCGUCGUCCCCGGCACUGAGGGUGCCGUUGAGAAGUACGAGGAAGUCAAGACCUUUACUGACAAGUAUGGCUUCCCCAUCAUCAUCAAGGCUGCCUACGGUGGUGGUGGCCGUGGUAUGCGAGUUGUUCGCGAUGCCGAGAGCCUGAAGGAGAGCUUCGAGCGAGCCACUUCCGAGGCCAAGACCGCCUUUGGCAAUGGCACCGUCUUCGUCGAGCGAUUCCUCGACAAGCCAAAGCACAUUGAGGUCCAGCUGCUCGGUGACAACCACGGCAACAUUGUCCACCUGUACGAGCGUGACUGCUCCGUUCAGCGUCGACACCAAAAGGUCGUCGAAAUUGCUCCUGCCAAGGAUCUUCCCUCCGAGGUCCGAGACGCUAUCCUCAACGAUGCCGUUAGACUGGCUAAGUCUGUCAACUACCGCAAUGCAGGCACUGCAGAGUUUUUGGUCGACCAGCUGAACCGCUACUACUUCAUCGAGAUCAACCCCCGUAUUCAGGUCGAGCACACCAUUACUGAGGAAAUCACCGGCAUUGACAUUGUCGCUGCCCAGAUCCAGAUCGCUGCUGGUGCUACUCUCUCUCAGCUCGGCCUUACCCAGGACCGAAUCUCCACUCGUGGUUUUGCCAUCCAGUGCCGUAUCACCACCGAAGAUCCCGCAGAGAACUUCCGACCAGACACAGGAAAGAUUGAGGUCUACCGAUCUGCUGGUGGUAACGGUGUUCGUCUUGACGGUGGCAAUGGCUUUGCUGGUGCCGUCAUCACUCCUCACUACGACUCCAUGUUGGUCAAGUGCACAGCCCACGGAAGCACUUACGAAAUUGCUCGCAGAAAAGUCCUCCGUGCCCUCAUUGAGUUCCGUAUCCGAGGUGUCAAGACCAACAUCCCCUUCCUGGCCUCUCUUCUGACACACCCUACCUUUAUUGAUGGAAACUGCUGGACAACUUUCAUCGACGAUACCCCGCAGCUGUUCGACCUCGUAGGUGGCCAGAACCGUGCACAGAAGCUGUUGGCUUACCUCGGAGAUGUUGCCGUCAACGGCAGCUCUAUCAUGGGCCAGAUUGGUGAGCCCAAAUUCAAGGGCGAGAUCAUCACUCCUGAGCUCUUCACUGCCUCCGGCGAGAAGAUUGACGUCAGCCAGCCUUCCCAGAAGGGUUGGAGGAAAAUCAUCCUUGAGCAAGGCCCCAAGGCCUUUGCCAAGGCCGUUCGCGAGUACAAGGGCUGCCUUCUCAUGGACACCACAUGGCGAGAUGCCCACCAGUCUCUGCUGGCUACCCGUGUCCGAACUAUUGAUCUCCUCGGCAUUGCCAAGGAAACUAGCCACGCACUUGCCAACCUCUACAGUUUGGAGUGCUGGGGUGGUGCCACCUUUGACGUUGCUCUGAGAUUCCUCCACGAGGAUUCAUUCGACCGUCUGCGCAAGAUGCGAGAGCUGGUCCCCAACAUCCCCUUCCAGAUGCUUCUUCGUGGAGCCAACGGUGUGGCCUACUCUUCCUUGCCCGACAACGCCAUUGAGCACUUCGUCGAGCAGGCCAAGAAGAAUGGUGUCGACAUUUUCAGAGUCUUUGAUGCCUUGAACGACAUCACCCAGCUCGAAGUCGGCAUCAAGGCCGUUCACAAGGCUGGCGGUGUUGUUGAAGGUACUGUUUGUAUCUCUGGUGAUAUGCUCAACCCCACCAAGAAGUACAACUUGGCCUACUACAUGGACCUUGUCGAGAAGCUUGUUGCCCUCGAUAUCCACGUUCUUGGUAUCAAGGAUAUGGCCGGUGUGCUGAAGCCCCACGCUGCCGAACUCCUGAUUGGAGGCAUCCGCAAGAAGUACCCUGACUUGCCAAUUCACGUUCACACCCACGACUCUGCUGGAACGGGUGUUGCCUCCAUGGUUGCUUGCGCCAAGGCUGGUGCCGAUGCUGUCGAUGCCGCCACCGACAGCUUGUCUGGAAUGACCUCCCAGCCUAGCAUCAACGCCAUCCUCGCCUCUCUGGAGGGUAGCGACCUUGACCCCGGUCUGGACCCCAAGCAAGUCCGCGCUCUUGACACCUACUGGUCUCAGCUGCGUCUGCUCUACUCUCCCUUCGAGGCCCAUCUCGCUGGACCCGAUCCCGAGGUUUACGAGCACGAGAUUCCUGGUGGUCAGCUGACCAACAUGAUGUUCCAGGCUUCGCAGCUUGGUCUCGGAUCCCAGUGGCUUGAGACCAAGAAGGCCUAUGAGCAUGCCAACGACUUGCUUGGCGACAUUGUCAAGGUUACCCCUACCUCCAAGGUUGUUGGUGAUCUUGCCCAGUUCAUGGUGUCCAACAAGCUGUCUCCCGAGGACGUCAAGGCUCGUGCCUCUGAGCUUGACUUCCCUGGCUCGGUGCUUGAAUUUUUUGAGGGUCUGAUGGGCCAACCCUACGGUGGCUUCCCCGAGCCUCUCCGCACAGACGCCCUUCGCGGACGCCGGAAGUUGGAGAAGCGUCCUGGUCUCUACCUCGAGCCCAUCGACUUUGUCAAGGUCAAGCGCGAGAUGGGCAAGAAAUUCGGUGCGCCCGUCACCGAGUGCGACAUUGCCUCGUACGUCAUGUACCCCAAGGUCUUUGAGGACUACAAGAAGAUUACGGCCGAGUUUGGCGACCUGUCAGUUGUGCCAACUCGAUACUUCCUUUCUCGACCUGAGAUUGGAGAAGAGUUCAACGUGGAACUCGAGAAGGGCAAGGUCCUCAUUCUUAAGCUUCUUGCCAUCGGUCCUCUGAGCGAGCAGACUGGUCUCCGCGAGGUCUUCUUUGAGAUGAACGGCGAGGUCCGACAGGUUACUGUCGCUGACAAGCAGGCUGCUGUUGAGAACAUUAGCCGCCCCAAGGCUGAUCCUGGUGACUCUAGUCAGGUCGGUGCCCCGAUGUCCGGUGUCUUGGUCGAGCUUCGUGUUCACGAAGGCUCCGAAGUCAAGAAGGGUGACCCUCUUGCUGUUCUGUCAGCCAUGAAGAUGGAAAUGGUUAUCUCAGCACCCCAUAGCGGAAAGGUUGCCAGUCUGCAGGUCAAGGAGGGCGACUCCGUGGAUGGCUCAGACUUGGUGUGCAGAAUCACAAAGUCCUAAGUUUGUUACAAAAAUGCAGGUAGAAGGGUUGUCUGAAAUUCUAUGGUGCUUCUUAACGGGAUGUUUGGACCGGGCAAACAGGUAAAAAGCAAAAUACUUCCCUAGGGAUUAGCACAACUGGCGUGUGGUGGAGAAGAAAUUUGUUAUCAGCAUUGUUAUUCAGUAUGACUAUACAAGAUAUGAAAUAAAGUUCAGUUAAAUCAUUUGGCUCUCCAAUAUUUCCCUAGCAAAAG